AUGAUCAUGAGCAUCCGGCCUAGUCAAAGAGGAGCACAAGACGCUUAUAUCUGGUUGCCAUCUAAAUCCGGUGAAUACACAGCAAAGACGGGCUAUCAUAUCUCCAGAGCUCUAAAAGAUCCCCCUGCAGAAACACAACAAACAUCAAUCAAUUGGAAUGCAGAUAUAUGGCUAGGGCAUUUCUCUUUGAAAAUCAAGCUGUUUCUAUGGAAGAUCCUCCAAAAGGCACUACCUACUUGUGAGAAUCUCCUAAACAGAGGUCAUUUUGACAAUACCUGCUGCAUUCAUUGUGGAGAGCUCGAAACGACAGAGCAUCUUUUCUUCCGCUGUAAGUUUGCUCAGAAAGUCUGGUCCCUAGCUCCAUUUGGAAAGAACCUCGACCUAUCAUCGAUCAGCUUCGAAGCCUCCAUCAACGUCCUGAAACGUCUAGUCUGUCUACCUCCUAUCAGAAUCAGCUCCGGACCUCUAUUCCCCUGGAUUUGUUGGACUAUUUGGACAGCCCGAAACUAUCGCAUCUUUUAA